GCAGCGGCGGCGGCGGCGGCGGCGGUGCGGGAGGAGACGGGCCGCGGCCUGCGAGACCAGAGGCAGGCGGGCGGGCCGGGUGCGCCGGCCGGACAGCGGGCCGCGCUGGCGGCGGCGGUGGCCGCGAUGAUGGAGAUCCAGAUGGACGAGGGCGGCGGCGUGGUGGUGUACCAGGACGACUACUGCUCCGGCUCGGUGAUGUCGGAGCGCGUGUCGGGCCUGGCGGGCUCCAUCUACCGCGAGUUCGAGCGCCUCAUCCACUGCUACGAUGAGGAGGUGGUCAAGGAGCUCAUGCCGCUCGUGGUGAACGUGCUGGAGAACCUGGACUCGGUGCUCAGCGAGAACCAGGAGCACGAGGUGGAGCUGGAGCUGCUGCGCGAGGACAACGAGCAGCUGCUCACCCAGUACGAGCGCGAGAAGGCGCUGCGCAGGCAGGCCGAGGAGAAAUUCAUCGAGUUUGAAGAUGCCUUGGAACAGGAAAAGAAAGAGCUGCAAAUUCAGGUGGAGCACUACGAGUUCCAGACACGCCAGCUGGAGCUGAAGGCCAAGAACUACGCGGAUCAGAUUUCCCGGCUGGAGGAGCGCGAGUCGGAGAUGAAGAAGGAAUACAACGCCCUGCACCAGCGGCACACGGAGAUGAUCCAGACCUACGUGGAGCACAUCGAGAGGGCCAAGAUGCAGCAGGUCGGCGGCAGCGGCCAGACGGAGAGCAGCCUGCCCGGGAGGAGCAGGAAGGAGCGCCCCACCUCCCUCAACGUCUUCCCCCUGGCGGACGGCAUGGUACGUGCACAGAUGGGGGGCAAGCUCGUGCCUGCGGGGGACCACUGGCACCUGAGCGACCUCGGCCAGCUGCAGUCCAGCUCCAGCUACCAGUGUCCGCAGGAUGAGAUGUCCGAGUCGGGCCAGUCCUCGGCAGCCGCCACGCCCAGCACCACGGGCACCAAGUCCAACACGCCCACGUCCUCCGUGCCCUCAGCCGCGGUCACGCCCCUCAACGAGAGCACGCAGCCCCUGGGCGGCUACGGGGGCAGCAGCAAGAACGGCAAGCGCGCCCGGGAGAAGCGCAACAGCCGCAACAUGGAGGUCCAGGUCGCCCAGGAGAUGCGCAACGUCAGCAUAGGCAUGGGCAGCAGCGACGAGUGGUCCGACGUCCAGGACAUUAUCGACUCCACUCCAGAGCUGGACAUGUGUCCAGAGACCCGCCUGGACCGCACAGGAAGCAGCCCGACUCAGGGGAUCGUGAACAAAGCUUUUGGCAUCAACACCGACUCGCUGUACCACGAGCUGUCGACGGCAGGCUCCGAGGUCAUCGGGGACGUGGACGAAGGGGCCGACCUCCUAGGGGAGUUCUCAGGGAUGGGCAAAGAAGUCGGGAAUCUGCUGCUGGAAAAUUCACAGCUUCUGGAAACCAAAAAUGCCUUGAAUGUCGUGAAGAACGACCUCAUUGCCAAGGUCGACCAGCUGUCGGGGGAGCAGGAGGUGCUGAAGGGAGAGCUGGAAGCCGCCAAGCAGACCAAGGUCAAGCUGGAAAACCGCAUCAAGGAGCUGGAAGAGGAGCUGAAAAGAGCGAAGUCGGAGGCCAUCGUCGCCCGCCGUGAGCCCCGAGAAGAGGUGGAGGAUGUAAGCAGCUAUCUCUGUACAGAAUUGGACAAAAUCCCCAUGGCCCAGCGCCGCCGCUUCACGCGGGUGGAGAUGGCCCGCGUGCUCAUGGAGCGCAACCAGUACAAGGAGCGGCUGAUGGAGCUGCAGGAGGCCGUGCGGUGGACCGAGAUGAUCAGAGCAUCCCGAGAGCACCCGUCCGUGCAGGAGAAGAAGAAGUCCACCAUCUGGCAGUUCUUCAGCCGCCUCUUUAGCUCCUCGUCCAGUCCCCCGCCGGCCAAGCGGUCCUACCCCUCCGUGAACAUCCACUACAAAUCGCCCACCACGGCAGGCUUCAGCCAGCGCCGGAACCACGGCAUGUGCCAGAUCUCGGCGGGCAGCCGGCCCCUGGAGUUCUUCCCCGACGACGACUGCACGUCCUCUGCCCGGCGAGAGCAGAAGCGCGAGCAGUACCGCCAGGUGCGUGAGCACGUGCGCAACGACGACGGGCGGCUACAGGCCUGCGGCUGGAGCCUGCCGGCCAAGUACAAGCAGCUGAGUCCCAGUGGGGCCCAGGAGGACACGAGGAUGAAGAACGUGCCUGUCCCCGUGUACUGCCGGCCUCUGGUGGAGAAGGACCCGACCAUGAAGCUGUGGUGUGCCGCCGGCGUCAGCCUGAGCGGGUGGAAGCCUCCGGAAGACGACCCCGGGAAUGGGGUCAAGACCACGCCAGGCCGCGACCCUCUGACCUGUGACCGAGAAGUGGAUGGCGAGCCCAAGAGCAACCACACAUCCCCUGAGAAGAAGAAGGCAAAGGAGCCGCCCGACGCAGACGCCACCUCCAGCCGGGUGUGGAUCCUCACCAGCACCCUGAGCACCAGCAAGGUGGUCAUCGUGGACGCCAACCAGCCGGGCACCGUCGUGGACCAGUUCACGGUGUGCAACGCGCACGUGCUCUGCAUCGCCAGCAUCCCCGCGGCCAGUGACAGCGACUACCCACCAGGGGAGAUGUUCCUGGAUGUCGACGUGAACCCGGAAGACUCGGGCACCGACGGCGUGCUGGCCGGCAUCACCCUGGUGGGCUGUGCCACCCGCUGCAACGUGCCGCGUAGCAACUGCUCCUCCCGAGGGGACACCCCGGUGCUGGACAAGGAGCAGGGGGAGGUGGCUGCCGUUGCCAAUGGGAAGGUCAACCCAUCCCAGUCCACAGAGGAGGCCACGGAGGCUACGGAGGUGCCAGACCCUGGCCCCAGCGAGCCAGACGUGGCGGCGGUGCGGCCCGGGCCCCUCACGGAGCACGUCUUCACUGACCCGGCGCCCGCCCCACCCUCCGGCACCCAGCCUGGCAGUGAGAACGGGCCGGAGCCCGACGGCAGCGCCGCGCAGCCGGGGCCGGAGCCCAGCGGAGACCCGACGGGAGCAGGCAGCAGUGCCGCGCCCACCAUGUGGCUGGGAGCCCAGAAUGGCUGGCUCUACGUGCACUCGGCGGUGGCCAACUGGAAGAAGUGCCUGCACGCCAUCAAGCUGAAGGACUCCGUGCUCAGCCUGGUGCACGUCAAAGGCCGUGUGCUGGUGGCCCUGGCAGAUGGGACGCUGGCUAUCUUUCACCGUGGCGAAGAUGGCCAGUGGGACCUGAGCAACUACCACCUGAUGGACCUGGGCCACCCGCACCACUCCAUCCGCUGCAUGGCCGUCGUGUACGACCGCGUCUGGUGCGGCUACAAGAACAAGGUGCACGUCAUCCAGCCCAAGACCAUGCAGAUCGAGAAGUCGUUUGACGCCCACCCGCGGCGGGAGAGCCAGGUGCGGCAGCUGGCGUGGAUCGGCGACGGGGUGUGGGUGUCCAUCCGCUUGGACUCCACCCUGCGGCUCUACCACGCCCACACCCACCAGCACCUGCAGGAUGUGGACAUCGAGCCCUACGUCAGCAAGAUGCUGGGCACCGGCAAGCUGGGCUUCUCCUUCGUGCGCAUCACGGCUCUGCUCAUCGCGGGCAACCGCCUCUGGGUGGGCACUGGCAACGGGGUUGUCAUCUCCAUCCCCCUGACUGAGACGGUGGUCCUGCACCGAGGCCAGCUCCUGGGGCUGCGAGCCAACAAGACAUCCCCCACAUCCGGGGAGGGAGCCCGCCCGGGGGGCGUCAUCCAUGUGUACGGGGACGACGGCAGCGACAAGGCAGCCAGCAGCUUCAUCCCCUACUGCUCCAUGGCCCAGGCCCAGCUCUGCUUCCACGGGCACCGAGAUGCCGUCAAGUUCUUUGUCUCGGUGCCAGGGAACGUGCUGGCCACCCUCAACGGCAGUGUGCUCGACAGCCCCUCCGAGGGCCCCGCGCCCACCGCGCCCGCGGAGGCCGAGGGCCAGAAGCUGAGGAACGUGCUGGUGCUGAGCGGCGGCGAAGGCUACAUCGACUUCCGCAUCGGGGACGGAGAAGACGACGAGACCGAGGAGGGCAGUGGGGACAUGAGCCAGGUGAAGCCCGUGCUGUCCAAGGCGGAGCGCAGCCAUGUCAUCGUGUGGCAGGUGUCCUACACGCCUGAGUGAGGCCACCUCCGCUGCCCACCCUGCCUGACGCCAACGUGUACAUAGGACCCCCGCCCACCUGCCCCUCUUCUAACCUCUCAACCUGCAGCUUUCACCUGAGGCCCAGUCCCUUCAGCUGGCAGGGAGUGCAGCCACACGGGGCAGCUGGGAGGAGGGGAGCAGGUGGCAUUUUCCACCCAAGAAGGGAAGACUCUCUCGGGGACACCCUUUCUCCAGUGGCUCCUGGCUGGUGUCCAGCCCAAACUCCCCAAGUCCUAGGGGCGCCUCAGGGCCAGAGUGAGGCGGGAUCCAAUGUGGGCAGCUGCUGCAGGUGACGCCCAAGUCUUCCCACCCUGAGCCCACCUGCCUUUGCAUGCUGCUGGGGUCGGGGGUGGGUCUCAGCCUGUCCCCCAGGCCCUUGUUCUCCCCAAGGGAACUGGGCCGGUGACGAGCCUUUGCCUAGGGAGGUGGGGCUCAGGCUGCCCAGGUGCCUGGCCCCAGCCGGCCUUUGGGGCUCCCCCGUCCCCAGGCUUCUUUCCCUCAGCCCCCACCCUGGCAUCCCCCUGCCCAGGGACCUGGCAUGAAAGCACGGGGCCAGGCACCCUGGGGCAGCUGCUUGAAAAGAGGCCAGCCAUCCUUAUCCCGCUGGAGCCCCGCACCGACCCGUGUCUCCCCCAGGCUCCACCUGGGCAGAAGACUCACCUUGGAGGAGCAGGGCCCUGGAGUCCUGCCCCUCCCAGAAGCCCCUAGGGUGGAAGCCCAGCCUCAGGAAGAAGGGGAGGCCCCGGCCUCUCCUGGGGUCAGCCCGAGGGUGCAGGCUCAGCCUCAGGUAGAUGGGGGACGGUGUGCUCCUGGGGCCUUCCUCCUGCACAGGGCUCCGAGGAGCCCAGCUCCCAGACACGCUAAGUGCCUAGGGUUGCCCGCUGCGGCCUACUCUGAGAGCAACUGAGGAAAGAGGCUGCCCAGCAGAGGCCCGAAAGGGCUAAGGAGCCACGUCCAGCCGGGCUCUAGGCAUGUGGGGGGGCAGCCGCCCUGGACUGCCCUCCCGGGCUGGGUGGGCCUCGCUGGUCUCUCCCCCACCUUCCUAGGCACAGGCCCUGAGCAGGGCAGCCCAGCCCUCUGCCCACCCCUCCCACCAGAGAAGCACAGACCUCGGGGAGCUGUCCCACGAGCCCAGCUGGCCACCCUGAACUGCAGCCACAUCCAGCUGCAGGCUUCUCCCCACCACCCGCCACCUCCACUGUGAUGUACGUCGGGUCCCUUGUCUGUCCCACAGGAUCGUGAAGUGACUCGGGGGCCAGCCGGGUGGGCGCAGCCGGGGGAAGGGGCCAGGUGACGACUCUCCUCAGGCUUUGGCCCUGCAAGUGAACCCACAUAUCUGCUCUGUAUGUAAUAAACGUCUU